AGGAAGACAUGUAAAUUGUAUCCACGUCAUCGUGUCCGGGUCUAACAUGGAAUCUAACCGGUUUCAGUGUCUAUCCACCAGGCUUGAGGGGUUAAAAUAAUCAUGUAUCUAUCAUGAUAUGUAUAUAUCUAUAUUUUAUGGAUAAUAUUUUCACGUGAUAAGCGUUAUCGGAGAUUUCUGUUUGACGAUAGAUAAAAAGUAUGACCAUUUUAAUCAUUUAUUUACAAACUAACAACAAAAAUGGACGGCGAUGAACCUCAAGAAACCAGACAACAGAAAAAGGCACGUCAACUGACAACACAAAUCGUUAAACGAUUCUGCAAAGGUUUUGGUAGUGGAGUUGUUCUGUAUGCUGGCGUUAAAGUUGUGUCGGCAUUAUUACGGAAUCCUUUUAGAGAGAGAAUUCCAGGAGUUCUAAAAGAGAUAGCAUCAACUGAUUGUCUUCGUCUUGCUGGUUUCUUUGGACUGUACCCAAGUGUGUAUGAACUUGUCCGAGAGGUGCUUCAACUUAUUCGUGACAAAAAGGAUGGUUGGAACAACUGUAUAGCAGGAGGAUUAGCAGGAUUAACCAUUAUCAUAGAGGAUCCGACCAGACGACAAGUGGUAACCUUGUUUGCAAUUGCACGUGCAUUUGGUGCCUUGAUAUCUACACUUGUUGUUCGCGGCAAAAUUCCAUACAUUGAAUACAGUGAAACCCUGCUUUUCUGUGUCUGUUGUGGAUUCCUCGUGUAUGCAGUGGCUUUGAAUCCAAGACUUUUAUUUACAGGGUAUUACUACUCAGUUUUGAAAUGGUCUCGGGACUAUACGGACCAGAAAUUGAACACUCUUUUCCGCAACCCAGGAGAAAAAUUUCUGACAUGCAGUGAGGUUGGACUACACAAAGACUCUUGUACGAAGCAUGCAAUAAAAGAUUUCUUUCAGAGCAUUCCAGCAUUUGCAAAAUUAUAUUUCCCAAUCCACUUAACACCAGUGGUGAUAUUUAGAAGAAAACUAUUACUGGAAAGACCCAAAAGAGUGUUGAAGUCAUUGAUAAAGAAUACGGUGUUCUCGACUGCUUUCCUGGCAGCUAUGGUGAUGCUAGCAAAGUAUGUCAUAUGUCUUCUACGAAACUUCCAUCAGCGACCGCCACCAUUACAGACCCACGUGCCUGUUGUUGCUGGUCUGGUCUGUGGACUAAGUGUUCUACUUGAGAGAGCAAAUAGAAGGAAAGAGCUGUCACUGUUUCUGAUUCCUCAUACAUUGUAUGCUUUAUAUCAGUGGGGUCUGCAAAAGAAACUCAUAAAGCAUGUACGUUACAGUUCCGUUGCACUUUUCAGUGUGUCCAUGAUUUCUGUUAUGCAUGCGUACGAGCGAGAGCAAGACUCUCUUUCGAUGCUUUUUAAUGGACUUCUUAAAUAUUUCGUUGGUGAAAGGAAAAAUCUUAUAGAAAGGCCAAAAAGAAUAAGAAAAUUUAGUGAAAUGAUUGGUUAAUUUUGCAUGUCGGUAAAAAAUAUAAAGCAGUAACACAACAUUUCUUGUUCUAAAAUAGAACUUAACAAAUUAAUAACUUGUUAUGCCACUUACUAAAUUAUGACGUGGGUCUAAGAGGAUAGUGUAAUGUGAUAAAGCUGUAUUUUUAUGUUUUGAAUUUAUAAAGUCGCAGAGUUUACUGCUAUUAUAAUUUAUGUACUUAAAGUAAUCAUCGGAAAGUGAAUAUGUUGGAUAGAAUGAGCACCCUCAAGAAACAUAUAAUUUCCAUAUUGGUAUUGAACGUCUCUGAUGACUGCAGUUAGAAUAAAAGUAAAGUCAAAUGAACAGUCAUAUUUUGAAUUUGCCAAAACUCGCCUUGAUAUGGUUGCCAACAGCAGUUGUUUGAAUUCCAUUUUUCUCUUCUUAAACUUCAAACGUAUUACGAGUAGGAGUUGUAUAUAAUGAUCCCACAUUUGGAACUUAUAAAUUGGCAUGGGUAGUGAUAAUGAGAAACAUAGAUAUAUAACAGAUGUAUUAGGCAGUGACUAUGGUCUUGUUUUAUGUCAAAUUACCAGAGUUACUUUCCUUUGACUGUUAUAAUAUUACUUUGGAGUUGUCUGUUUCGUUAAGCUAGGAUAUUUUACUUUUUCCGGCGUUUCAAAUAUGUAAUAUGUUUCAUAAUAUUCAUGUAUUAACAACAGUGAUUUUUUAACAGAUAUGCGAAUAGAACCCUCUUAUUUUUCUGUAUAUUGAGGUAACUUUAGAAAUGGAGAUAGAUAAUUGUUUAUUGUUAAUAUUUAAUGAAACGGCAGUUAUCUUGUGCAAUAGUUUACGUCUAAAUAAAAAUACUCAGAGCUUCCAAACAUUUUUUUGUA